AUGUCGAAGUCGCUGCAAGAUCUAGACGUUCUCUCGCAUGUUCUUAAGCAGAGAUUGCUAAAAGCUGAUCUAAUUGACCCUUUUGAAGUUUUGGUUAUGGACACUGGCAAUUUAUCAAAGAGGCUAAAUAUGUCUGCUUCAGAAUGUCAAAAACUCAUCGACGUCGUUGCGCUUGGUGCUUUUCCUGAUGUAGAGGAUUGGACAAGUCGAUUUAAUUCGAUGGACAGUUUCACGAGCGGUGACAGCGCGAUAGAUGAUGUACUUGGUGGUGGUAUACGCGAGCAGUCUCUACUUGAGAUAGUUGGAGCAUCCUCCGUUGGCAAGUCGCAGCUAACAAUGCAAUCUCUCGUUACAGUUCAGCUGCCUUUCGAAGAAGGUGGUUUGGACGCACGCGCAAUACUGAUACACGCAAGUAAGGCACCGCCAACAGAACGGCUGAGUACAAUCGCGCGUACAUAUUUUCCAGAAUCGCAUCCGAACGAUAUUCUAUCAAACAUAUCUCUUCUCCAUGUGAGGGAUUUUCAGUGUUUGCAGCACGCGUUAGAUUUUUUCAUACCGCGAUUUUUGGUAGACGGAACAAAAAGCAAACCAGUCAGAUUGAUUGCAGUAGAUUCUCUCGGAGAGCUUAGUAGGCAAUUUGAUUCGAAUGCGCAUGGACUCGCGCAGAGGAAUGCAUCGCUGUUGCGAGUAGUUGAUAGCUGUAAGCGACUUAUACACAAGUACAGACUAUCGCUCGUUGUUGUGAAUGGAGUCAGUGAGGCUAUACAAGAAAAUCAGAUAGCGACGAUGAAUAGCUAUGGUGUUCAGUCGCGUGCUUUCUCUGGACAGUCUGUACAUAGCACCAAACAAGCCCAAUUGGGAUUAAUAUGGGCACACAACGUUCAAACGCGCUUGAUGCUGGUAAGGACGCUGCGAAAAGUCCAUGUGAAGGUAACGGAGUCAGAGAUAAGGAUGAGUUCAACAGCAAAUGGCGAAGCUGAAGCACGACUACCUAUGCCACCAAAGGUAGAAGAAAGUGUAAUGAAUAUUGAUAGGCGGUUCAAGAAACCUCGCAAAGAUGAAACAUUUGCUGUGCACAAGCGCAGAGCUCACGUCGUAUACUCAACAUACCUGAGUGGAGGAAAGUGCGAGUUUUAUAUACUCCCAAUUGGAGUAAGGUCGGUAGAAAUGACAAGACCAGAUAGAAGAAAAGGAUCACCAGUUCCAACAUGCGCUCUCACACCGGCAAUCAGUCAGUCGCAUACGCAAUCGAUAGAUGACGAUGAAGCAAAGAUCUGGGCAUCGAUAUCGUUCAGUGAUGGGGACGAGGAGGAUCUUUAG